AUCAGUCAAUCCCUUUGGACCUUUAAUGCUGUAUGCCCGUGGGAUUAGUGAAAUCCUGUCUAUUACAAGGCUGCGGGUUGGAUUUCCAGCAAGCUUCACACCCCGGAGAAAAGAGGAGCUGAUGUGAGAGGGGAGAUGUGGAUAUGUCCAUGAUGGGAAGAUGCCGUGUGCCCCACCUCUUGGUUCUUCUCACUCUGGUGCUCAGCGGGGACAGAACCGAGGCACAAAGAGCAGGCUGCAAGAGUGUUCACUACGACCUUGUCUUCCUCUUGGAUGCCUCCUCCAGCGUUGGAAAAGAAGAUUUUGAGAAAGUUCGUCAGUGGGUGUCUAACUUGGUGGAAACUUUUGAGAUUGGCCCAGACAAAACGCGUGUCGGCGUGGUGCGAUACAGCGAUCGCCCGACCACAGAGUUCGACCUGGGAAAGCACAAAACCCGCCAGGAAAUCAAGGAGGCUGCAAGGAAGAUUCAGUACUAUGGGGGUAACACAAACACUGGAGAUGCUCUCAGGUACAUCACCACCUACAGUUUUUCCAAAGAAGCUGGUGGGAGACUCAGUGAUCGAACUGUUAAGAAAGUGGCUAUCCUUUUGACUGAUGGAAGGAGCCAGGAUUUUGUCUUGGAUCCAGCCACUGCAGCCCAUCAGGCUGGGAUUAGGAUUUUUGCUGUGGGUGUUGGAGAAGCCUUAAAAGAAGAACUUGAUGAGAUUGCUUCAGAGCCCAAGUCUGCUCACGUGUUUCAUGUCUCUGAUUACAACGCCAUCGAUAAAAUUCGGGGCAAGCUGAGGCGGCGUCUCUGUGAGACCUUAAAAGAAGAACUUGAUGAGAUUGCUUCAGAGCCCAAGUCUGCUCACGUGUUUCAUGUCUCUGAUUACAACGCCAUCGAUAAAAUUCGGGGCAAGCUGAGGCGGCGUCUCUGUGAGAAUGUCCUGUGUCCAAAUGUCCACGUGGAAGGAGACCGGUUCAAACACACCAAUGGGGGGACUGAUGAGAUUCCAGGAUUUGACCUGAUGGAUUCAUUCAGCGUGAAGCAGAUUUUUGGAAUGAAAGAAGAUGGGGUUCAGAGUGCUUAUGUACGGCUUGGAAGCUUUCCUGUUGUUCAGAGAACUGAGUGA